AUUGCUUGGCAACUGGUUUGGUGUUGGAAGCAACAUGGAUGCCCUAAUAGUGUCUCUUUUGCAAUCCUGCGCUGAAGGCAAUCCAGACUUGCUUGAGUCUUGCCUUCAAUAUGGACUGGACCUUAACUUUGUGACAGAAGACGGGCUCACUCCACUAAUGUAUGCGGUCACUUAUGCAGGUAACACACAAGGAGGUAGCUACUCCAGGAUAGUCUAUAUGCUAUUGGAGGCUGGAUCCGAUCCAAAUAUUCAAGACUCUCAUUAUGGACGUACUGCUGGUCACUAUGCAGCUCACUGCAAGCAAAGUGACAUACUAGAGCUGUUAAUGGAAUGUGGAUCUGAUGUAACGAUAUGUGAUAUAGAAGGACAGUCAACAUUUCACUUGGCCAUUACAAAUGGUCUUGAGAAGUGUGUAGAGCUGAUGGUAGAAACAAUACCAGCACUUGUCAACUAUACUACACAGAGUGGAACCGCCCCACUUUAUCUUGCUGCUAAAGCUGGAAGCUAUAAACUUUGUCAGAAGUUCCUUGCUUUUGAGUGUGACCCAUACGUUAUUGACCCACUGACCUUGCAGUCUCCAUUACAUGCAGCAGCUGAGCAAGGGCAUGCCAGUAUUGCAGGACUAUUAUUAAAGAAAGAACAAUCUGUUCUUGAUGCCACUGAUGCUAGAGGACUAACUCCAGUUCAUUUAGCCGCUAGUAAUGUAUCUUCAUCAUUGGUCCUUAGUGCAAUAUGUGAUUUGGUUGGCAGUGAUGUCCUUGAGUUAACUGAUGCUUCUGGUCUCACUCCUCUCAUGCACGCUUGUGCCAGCGGAAGUGAAACAUGUGUGGAGUUCAUUGUAAAGAAAAAAGCCAAUUUAAUGGCCAAAGACUCUUCAGAGGGAAAGACAUGUCUCCAUUGGGCGGCUGAGAGUGUCAUUGCUUCAUCUGACAUAAUCAGCCUGCUCUGUAAGAAAAGGAAAGGACUAGUAACAGAAUUAGAUGUUCAUGGAAGAAUACCGCUUCAUUCAGCUGCCACCAGUGGUAAUGUUGGAGCCAUUAAGAGCCUGUUGGAUCAUGGAUCUGAUAUCAGUGCAGUUGAUAAUGAUCAAUACACUCCUAUGCACUGGGCAGUAGCAAAGAUAGUGCUACUACCUUUAACAAUAGCAUCUCUGAUGUCCCUUCUAAAGAAUGACUGGACCAAUGGGAUGAGAGUAGUCAAAAGUAAAAGAAUCACAAUAGCUCCAGCAUAUGCUGUUGUUGAUAGAGCAUUAGUGAAUACUUCAAUCACAGCAAAAGAAACAAUAGGUGCAUAG